AUGUUAUUAUGUUAUUAUUGUUUAUUCGUGUUCUUUAUUGGCUAUAUUAAUCAUAUCAUAUAUUAUUCUUGUCAAACAUCAAGCAUUGAUACGUCUGCUUCAAAUUUCUUUUCAUAUGAAAUAUACUUCAAAUCAGACCAAGUUAAAACAAUGAGAUUUAGAACACGUUUAUUCUCAUCUGCCUACAACCAACAAACAGAAACUGAAUUAAAACCAUAUGACUAUAUAGUUAAGUCUGGAAUUGCUACUAAAGUUUAUGUUCCAUUGAGUUAUGAAGAUGAAAAAAAUACAUUACAAACAUUCUCCAUACAAAGAAUAGAAACAACAGACGAACCAAUCACAUUCAAAAUUAAUGCUAUGACUCUUGAAGCUGAAGGUGUUCCAACACCUAACAAUGAAGUUUAUAGUGAAUCUGAUGAACAAAGUAAAAGUGAAGAAACAUCAAUAGAUGGAAGUAAUGCACUUGCCAUUGUUGGGUUGUUAGCAAUCAUCAUGUUGACUGCAUUUUAA